GCUGGAACGAUUUCAUUAAACCUAGUGCAACAAAAUAUUGAACCAUUAUUUAGUUCAGCAUCCAAGACUGCUGUUAUUGAUGCCGAGAUUAUGAUGGCAGUAUUUGUUGCGGAACAUAAUUUGGCAUUCCAAAUAAUGGGUCACUUACCGCAAUUCGUUAACAAAAUUACCCCGGAUUCGAAUAUUGCCAAAAAAGUAAAGUGUUCUAGGACGAAAAUGGUAAACAUUUUACGGAACGUUUUGGGAAUAUCUUACAUAGAAGAAAUUGUUGAUUUGUUAAACGCCAAUAAAUUUUCUUUAAUUAUUGACGAGUCCAUAGAUAUAUCUUUAGUAAAAACCUUGUGCUUGGUGGUUAGAGUAUGUAAAAAUUUUAAAGUACAUGACUUGUUUUUUGAUUUAAUUGAAGUUGAAUCUGCAGAUGCUAGUAGUCUGUUUUCUGCUGUAAUCAAUAGUUUCACGAAGAAUAAUAUCAUGUACAAACAAAACAUGAUUGGUUUCGCAGCUGAUGGAGCCAAUGUUAUGAUGAGUAGGAAUCAUUCCGUAUCUACAUUAUUGAAAGCAGACAUAAAUGAUCUGUUCGUUCUUAAAUGUGUUUGUCACAGUUUUCACUUAUGCGCCUCAUACGCAUGCGAAAAACUUCCCGGCGAAGUAGAAGAUUUGGCGCGUAAUAUUUUCAAUUAUUUGAAGAGUUCAUCGAAACGUCUUAAGGAUUUUUCUUCCUUACAAUAUUUUUUUGAAUUCAAAGCAAAUAAAAUUUUACACCCUUCUCAAACGAGAUGGUUAUCAUUAUCUGCAGUCGUAAGUCGCUUAAUAGAACAGUAUGAUGUGCUUAUAGCAUACUUUUCUAUUGCAGUCAAAGAGGAAAAUCUACAAACAGCUAAAAAUAUUUUAACGUCGCUGAAAGGUCCUAUAACUAAAUUAUAUUUAUUGUUUUUAGAAUUCGCACUUCCUUUUUUCAUUAAAUUAAAUAAACUUUUUCAAUCAGAAAGCUCACAGAUACAUAAGUUGCACAGUUCGGUUAAAGAAAUAGUAGUAACAUUGUUAGAGUGCUUUGUAAGGAAAGAUUAUAUUACAAUGUUUUUAGAUAGUACCUCAGAAUUUAAUCUCCCUCCAGAAUGUUUGUUAGAUUUGGAAAGUAUAUACCUCGGUAUAAAAGUUGAAUGCUUUCUAAUUACGAAUGAAAUCAAUGUCAUUGAAAUAGAUACUUUUAAGAAUAAGUGUCGUAACUUUUAUAUUGAGGCCGUUCUGCAAAUAUUAAAAAGAUUCGAUUUGAAUAACUCUUUUUUUAGGAAUCUUUCCAUAAUCGCACCUGACAAUCAAGCAUUCCCGAAUUUAGUUAAAUUAGUAUUUGCUAUUUUGUCCUUCCCACAUUCGUCUGCAAAUGUUGAAAGGGUAUUUUCCCAAGUAAAUUUAAUGAAAACAAAAAUCAGAAAUCGAUUAGAGAAUGCAACCAUUAAAGCAUGCUUACAAACGAAAGGGUUACUAAAACUACAAAACUCUGAUUGCACAAAUUUCAAAGUGACUACUGAGAUGAGAAAAAAGUGCAAUAAAGCUAUGUAUGAUAUUCCCAAAUAACUUAAUUUAAUUUUUAUUGAAUUUUUAUUUUGUUGGUUCCUUUUUUAUUUUGGAAUUAAGUUUUGUUUUUCAAUGUUGAAUGAAUUAUUUUACAUUUUAUUUAUUGUUAUAUUUUAUCAUUAAUUCUGAAUUAUGUUAUGUUUUUUGUGUUCUGUACCUAAUACUUUGAAUAGAUUAAAGUUAUAAAUAAUAUUACGAAUUUUUUUGA